UUUGGCAGCGUUGACGCUUGGUUGAAGUUAGGUUAUAAACUUGUUUCGUUUCUUUUAUAUUGCUGAUUAUUUCUUAUUGAGACUGUAAUAUUUGUGUUGUCGUGUUUGUGUUGGUUGUGGGUAUUUUUUUUAAGGUAAGUGUAUGUAGUUAGAUUUAAGUUUAAGGUAAAGAUGAGUGCUAUGGAUGCCCCCGAUAAGGGGGCUGAUCAGGCAGUUCAACAAAAGCAGGCAUUAAAAAGACCAGCAGUAGAUACAAGAGCAGACUCUAAAAAAACAACAUCCCCUUCUGGUUCGAUCCAGUCUGUUUUUACAAAACCCGGUUUCGAAAAUGAUGCUGACAUACAAUAUAGUGAGAGUGACAAGGGCCCGUACACAGUGUUUGUCUCCCGUAAAGAAACAGACCCUUCAUCUGGUUCCUCUUUAAAAACUUUAAGAGUAGCACAGCUCUUACAUAAACAUAAUGUACCUGAUAUUGCUGAAGGUGGUAUAAAGGAAACUGGCAGAAAUAAAAUAUCGGUUACUUUUAAUAAACCACAAAGUGCUAAUGCUUUCCUGAAAAAUCCCGUUCUCGAGAAUAGCAAUUUGGUUGGUCAUAUACCCCGCUUCCACAUCUUCCGCUUAGGCGUUGUUCGGAAUAUACCCACAGAGUGGACACUAGAAGAGCUUUUAUCUGGAAUAUGUACCCCUCCCAAUUUUGGUGAAGUAAUUAGAGCUAGAAGGCUCAAUUUCAAAUCAAGGAGAGAGGAUUCUGUAACAUGGGUCCCCUCUACUACAGUUGUUUUAACAUUUACUGGCCAACGCCUUCCUGAUAAGAUUUUUUGUUUUAAUGCUUCCCUUCCAGUUUCAUUAUAUCAUCUUCCCACUAUUCAAUGCCGCAACUGCUGCAGGUUCAGUCAUAUUGCUAAACAAUGUAGGUCAAAGCCUCGAUGCUUCCGAUGCGCUCAGCCCCAUUCAGGGGAGAGCUGUUCAAUUCCAGAUUCUUCUUCAUCCUGUUUUCUUUGCCAUGGUGGCAGACAUAUGGCCACUGAUUCUAAAUGCCCUGAGCACUCUAGACAGAAGUCUAUCAAGAUGCUUAUACUCUCCACUACCGUCCAAUGUCUCUGCCCUUGCAGAUAA